AUGUAUGGUGACUUUCUUUUGAGAAUUGGGCCAACUUUUGAUGUAAUUGAUAAUACUACCCUUGCUUGUAACCUAGCAACUUUUGAUGGCCUUUUAGUAAUGGAAUCAGAUAUGAUCCAAGAAAUGGGCGAAACAGAGAUGAAGGAUACUGACGCUUACGAGGAAGAGCUUCUCGACUACGAAGAGGAGGACGAGAAGGCCCCUGAUUCAGCCGGUGUUAAAGUCAACGGCGAAGCCGUUAAGAAGGGUUAUGUAGGAAUUCACAGUUCCGGAUUUAGAGAUUUUCUUUUGAAGCCAGAGCUACUUCGUGCUAUUGUGGAUUCAGGAUUUGAACAUCCUUCCGAAGGUAAAUAACAACUAUCACCCCUAUCAUUUGGAGAAGUGGUCAGAUUUGGUAAUUUUUUUUAAUUGAGGAUUCAAUUUCUUUGGUCUUCAUCAGUGCAACACGAAUGCAUCCCUCAAGCUAUUUUGGGCAUGGAUGUCAUUUGCCAAGCAAAAUCUGGUAUGGGAAAAACUGCUGUUUUUGUCCUUUCAACACUGCAACAAAUUGAGCCUGUAGCUGGUCAAGUAGCUGCCCUUGUUUUAUGUCACACAAGGGAAUUAGCUUAUCAGAUCUGCCAUGAGUUUGAAAGAUUCAGCACUUAUUUAACUGAUAUCAAGGUUGCUGUCUUUUAUGGUGGUGUAAACAUCAAGAUUCACAAGGAGCUUCUCAAAAAUGAAUGCCCACAUAUUGUUGUUGGGACACCUGGAAGGAUUCUUGCACUUGCUAGGGACAAAGAUCUUGCUUUGAAGAGUGUGAGGCAUUUUAUACUUGAUGAGUGUGACAAGAUGCUCGAGUCACUCGACAUGAGGAGAGAUGUGCAAGAAAUUUUCAAGAUGACACCACAUGACAAACAAGUAAUGAUGUUUUCAGCAACCUUAAGCAAGGAGAUUCGACCAGUCUGCAAAAAGUUCAUGCAAGAUCCAAUGGAAAUUUAUGUGGAUGAUGAAGCCAAGUUGACUCUACAUGGUCUUGUACAGCACUACAUCAAAUUGAGUGAGCUGGAGAAGAAUCGAAAGCUGAAUGAUCUGCUGGAUGCAUUAGAUUUCAAUCAGGUUGUGAUAUUUGUGAAAAGUGUAAGCAGAGCAGCUGAGCUCAACAAGUUGCUUGUGGAAUGUAACUUUCCAUCAAUCUGCAUCCACUCUGGCAUGUCCCAGGAAGAAAGGUUGACUCGUUACAAGGGUUUCAAGGAAGGACACAAGAGAAUCUUGGUGGCAACGGAUUUAGUUGGAAGGGGUAUUGAUAUCGAACGUGUAAACAUUGUCAUAAACUAUGACAUGCCUGAUUCUGCUGAUACCUACCUCCACCGUGUUGGUAGAGCUGGGAGGUUUGGAACCAAAGGUCUUGCCAUCACAUUCGUGUCGUCUGCAGCCGAUUCUGAUGUUCUUAACCAGGUUCAGGAGAGAUUUGAGGUUGAUAUCAAAGAGCUUCCUGAGCAGAUUGAUACUUCAACAUAUAUGCCAUCGUAGGAAAGCUUUUAGCAAGAAGCAACCAUGGGAUGGGAUGAUGUCAAGUGUGCUCAACAGUGGUGAAUAUUGAAGAAGAAGAUGAAAAUGAUGAUAUUGCUCCUUAUGUCUUAUUAUAAAACAAUUAGAAACAUCAAAGGGGAUAUCUUAUCACAAGAUUGUUGAGUUUUGUAACAUCUAUAAACUUGUUUUCCUAGUUCUUAUGUAGCUCAAGUAGGGAGAGUUGUUUGUUGUUGACCUAUUUUUAUUUGCUGAAUGGUGCAACUUAUGAUGCGUGAAGUACAAGUUGCUGUAGCAUUAUAAAUCUUUUACUUGUUUGAUUAGUCG